AUGGACCGAAAGAGUGGUGACAUCGAUGUGGAGGACGUGUACGACUUGGCGGCUGAGAUCGGCGACGAGUUCCAGAAGGUGAUAGUGUCGGGCGGAUCCGAUUCGGUGAAGCACUUGAUGCCGAAAGUGAUCCGAGUGUUGGAACACUUGGAGAUGAUUACCAUUCUUAAGGAGGACUUCGACUCGAAGUUGGAUUCACUGAAGCACUCGGUGUUCGAGUUGGAGAGCGAACGCCGCGAGAGAGCUCUUCGUCUCGACAAAUACGAGCUCGAAAUGGAGUCCAUUGAAGACAACUGGAGGAAAGAGAAUCUCCAGUUGACUCAAUCCGUGUCUCAAUUAAGACACCAAAACCUGAAACUCAGUAAUCGUCUCCUCGAUAGCCAACAGACACUCUCCCAGUCUUUGACAGAUCUGCAAAAGAGGGGACAAAUGGAAAUCGAUUCCGAGAUCUUAGCGUUGAAAGAGUCGAUCCGAAGAAGUGAACAAAAAGUCAAUUCCAUUACUAAAGACAUGGAAUCCAAGAAUAUUGAUAUCGAAAAAUCUCACCGCAAGUUCUCAGCGCCAAGACAUGGCUCUAUGGCCUUCACUCCCAAGAAGAGGAGUCGAAGACAUAGAGGAAAAUGCAAAGCCUUUCCCAAAGACGACCCCAAAAAGCCGAUCCAUUUGACCGCUUUUCUCACCUAUAAGGCAGGCAUGACUCAUGUCGUGCGCGAAGUGGACAAACCCGGUUCAAAGGUGAAUAAGAAGGAAGUGGUCGAAGCCGUGACUAUUCUGGAGACACCGCCGAUGGUUAUCGUCGGUAUCGUUGGCUACAUCGAGACCCCGAAGGGUUUGCGCGCCUUUAAGACCGUAUGGGCCGAGCAUUUGAGCGAAGAGUGCCGCCGACGCUAUUACAAGAACUGGUAUAAAUCAAAGAAGAAGGCAUUCACUAAAACGGCUAAGAAAUGGGCGGAUCCGACCGGCAAACGCGACAUCGAGAAGGACUUGAUCCGUAUUAAGAAGUACUGCACUGUUGUGCGAGUCAUCGCUCACACACAGAUGAAACUGAUGCGAAAGCGCCAGAAGAAGGCACACAUAAUGGAGAUCCAACUGAACGGCGGAACCAUCGCCGAGAAGGUUGAUUGGGGCCGAAAGCACUUCGAGAAGCAGGUGUCGAUUGACGAGGUCUUCAACGUGGAUGAGAUGAUUGAUAUCAUUGGUGUGACCAAAGGAAAGGGUUAUAAAGGAGUGACCAGUCGUUGGCACACAAAGAAAUUGCCGCGAAAGACGCACAAAGGUCUGCGCAAAGUGGCCUGUAUUGGCGCCUGGCAUCCGAGUCGUGUGCAG